AUGUCGCUUCCAUCAGGGGUCUCCAUUGCAGAUUACUGCAUCACUGCCUUUAGGGAGCUUGGGUCGCAAAAGAGUUCAAAAAAGCCCAGAUUCAUCAUUUACAAAAUUACGGAUGACUACAAUGCCGUUAUUGUAGAAGAGAGUUCGCCCGAACAAGACUACGAGGACUUUCGCCGAAAGCUGGUCUCCGCAGUUGACACUGGAGGGAAUCCUGCUCCUCGUUAUGCAGUCUAUGAUGUUGAAUAUGACCUUGGGUUAGAGGGGAAAAGAAGCAAAAUCGUUUUCAUCACCUGGGUUCCCAGAGAAACAUCAACCAAGGUUCGAAUGAUAUAUGCUAGUACGAAAGAACAAGUGCGGAGAUUCCUCGAUACCAAAGCAUCGAUUCAUGCAGAUGACCCCGACGAGCUUGAAUGGAAGACUGUUCUGGAGAAGGCCAGUGAUGGCAAAGCCUAA